GUUGUACGAAACCGUACCCUUCCUGAACGUACAACGUGUGCUCGACACUCUCUCCGUUAAAUAGCCUUUCACCUCAGCUUUUUCUUUCGUUCCGUUGCAGCAUUUCAUAUUCGAGCAACUGCUCUUGCGAACGUAGACCGCAUAGUGGCCAAGGAUAACAAGGAGGUGCUCUCUUUUUCCCCUAAUAACUGCUUCCUGUGCUCACGCCUCUUUCUAACCUAAUUUGCCGUCAAGCACCACUCACUGCUUAAAGAUGCCCUUCGGGUCGAUUCGACGCGCCGCCGUCUCUGCGCUCGCGGCGGAGGGGGAGGGGAAACACUCGCUCUGUGACGGCCUGACUGGGAGCUACUCUGUUGGCCUGCACGUCUUCGCCAUUUUCCUUAUACUGUUUAUCUCGAUGCUGGGCACGGCGAUGCCCAUCAUGACGAAGUACAUCGCCCUCUUCCGCGAGAAUCCCUUCGCCUUCACGGUGGGCAAGACGGCCGCGACCGGCGUGCUGCUCUCCGUCUCCACCAUCCAUCUUAUCCAUGAAGGUGCCGAGGCUUUUCGUGAAGAGUGCGUUUAUGCCUUCUUCAAGGACUACGAGCCGUUUUACUUCCUCUUUGCGCUGAUUGCGGUGCUGGUGAUGCAGGCGAUCGACUUGCAGCUCGCCGCCGUCGCCGAGCGCUGGCUCAAGAAGAAUCACCAGCAAAACGCGGCGAGCUCUGAGGUGGUCAUCGUGUCCGACUUUCCGGAAGACAGCGCUGCCGCAGCCGGCGUCCCUGACGCUGCUGGAGCGGAUCGCCGGGCACUGGCCAACGAAUGCGAUGCCGCGUCCCAGGCCAGUCCUACGAGCCCCGGCGUGCAAAAGAGUGCGGUGGACGAUCAGCGUGCGCGCCGCAACAGCAGCGGCAGCGAGAGAGACAAAACCACCGUAGGCCUCUCUGACGCCGCCGCGGUGUCCGCGUUAGGGAACGACCAUCACUCGGAUUUGCACGCGCACGCCGACGGAGAAUGCGAGGCGCACGGACACCAGCACUUGGUAGUGACCGUCCCCAUGGACAUGGGCUCCAUCCGCCGCGUCAUCGCCGCCGUCUGCAUGGAGUUCGGCGUGACGUUGCACAGCGUCUUCGUGGGCCUGGCGAUCGGGCUGACGACGGACACGGAACUGAAGCCGCUGCUGUUUGCGCUUGUGUUCCAUCAGCUGUUUGAAGGCAUGGCGAUGGGGUCGCGUCUUGUGGACGCCAAAUUCGAGGGCAACUUAGAGACCUACUUGGCCCUCGUGUUCUCCGUCAGCGCACCGGCCGGCAUGGCUGCCGCGACGAUCGCGGUGUCGGUAUCGCGUGAUGCGAUGACUGGCUCUGGCUUUGUGACGAUGAUGGCCAUUUUGGACUCGCUCUGCGGCGGCAUUCUGCUGUACCUCGCCUUCACGCUGCUGCUUGGCGACUUCGUGGCGGACAUGAAGCUGUUCUGUGCAGACGAUUUACCGGGGCGUCGGUCGCGUAAGAUCAUCCUUUUCGCUGCGCUGUGGUUUGGCAUGGGCUUGAUGGCUUUUGUGGGCAAGUGGCUGUGA